UUUUGUGUACGUCUAGAUCGUUAAUAGUGAUCCUAUUUUGAAUCGAAACUUGUAAAAUUUGAAUACACGUUUGUUAGUCGUUUCGCGAAUAAUAAUGUUACAAGUAAAUCACCCGGCGUAAAAUAGUAACACGAAAAUAUGGAAAGGAUAUACUUAAUGUCUAUAUUUUGAUAUCUUGAUAUAUUUAAUAUCUAUUAUUUUGAUAUCACGUAUGGCACUUUCAUAAUUAAACUUAAAUUUAUUCGAGACAGUUUUCUAUUUCUCUGGAAUCACACAUGUAAACAUGGUAAAAAACUAUCGCGUGGUCGUAUUCGGCGUGAAAGGAGUCGGCAAGACGGCCAUCCUGGAACAAGCUAUUUAUGGACAUUUCAGUAAAAACUAUAAAUUGUGGCCGACUAUCGAGGAUAUAUAUCAAGCAUCUAUUGAAACUGACAAAGGGGUACGUGAGCUGGUUCGUUUUUACGAUACAGCUGGUCUGGACUUAACGCAAUUACCCGAAGUUGGCUUGUAUUCGAAUCCAGAUCCUUCACUUAUGCUGUCAUUUGGUCAGAUAGCAAAGCAGUACGCAUCCAUUUCCGAUGCAUUCGUGUUGAUGUAUGACACUAGUCGACCAGAAACUUUUGAUUGUCUGGUCACUCUAAAAAAAGAAAUUGAUAAAAAUAAGGAAAAAAAAGAUGCAUUUUAUGUAAUCUUAGGUCACAAAAUGAGAGAAAUGGAUAUCAAAGCUCCAACCUUAGAAUGUCCUACUAGUCGAGCAUCCCAUUGGUCUAUAAGAGAAAAAAUGAAACACUUUGAAGUAAAUGCUUUAGAUCGAACUACUUUGUUUGAACCAUUUACAUAUAUUGCAUCAAAAUUCAAUACAACACAACCAAAAAGCAGUUUUCCUCAGUUAGUUCGAAAAAAUACUCAACACUGAUAGCUAAUGCUAAUAUUGACUUAAAAAUAUAUAUAUUAUGUCAUCGUUAAAUUGU